GGGUUAAAUUUGAUUAAGAAUUUAAAUCAACAAAGGAGGCAGCAGGCCACAGAGCACAGAACAGAGAGCAGUGCACUCUCGUGCAGUCAUAAAAUUGAGAGUAGGAAUUACGCAUCUGCAGAGUGCGUGAGAGCAGCAGCAGUAAGUGGAGAUGGCAGCGCUCGAACGGAGGAUGGCAACUGAUAGACUGAACUGAACUUUGAACCUCGCCCCCUGCUAUCAUGUCUAUCUGCAGGCAGUGUCUUCUGUGCGAAUUGUUCAAGUUAGUCUUCAAUCCGUCGUGUGUCGUGUCGCGUCGUGUAGCAAUGAGUACAGCGGGCGAAGACUAUCUCUUCAGCAGGCAGUUCAGGGAGCUGUCGAUCAGGCGUCGAGCGGGAGGACUGCUCGUCAUACAGUUCCAGCGAUGGCAGCGACGCACCGUUUACGAGCUGAUGCGAGCACUGGACGCAGCCAAUGCGGACGAGGACAUCAGCAUUGUGGUGCUCUCGGGCGAGUUUGCCGUGGGACCUCAGGGUGAUUGCCAGCAGCAGCCGCUGGCCCUGGAGCAGGGAAAGGGUAGAGAGAAACGCGACGAGGCCGAGGAUCGGUUCAUUCAACACCGAGCCGCUGACUUUGUGAUGCGUUCGCUGGCCAAGAAGCUGCUUGGCUUCCGCAAGCUGCUGGUGGCCUUUGUGCAGGGCCCUUGCCAGGGCCUGGGCGUCAGCAUCUGCAGCCUCUGCGACCUCGUCUAUGCCACGGAGACAGGCCAUUUCCUGCUCUCGCUCUCACACCUACAUCCCUGCGUCGAGGAGGGGCCCAGCUGGAGCCUACCACAGAUCGAGCUGUUGCUCCGUCUCGGCGAACGGGCCGAUGCUCGCUGCGCAUGGGGCAGCGGCUUUGUGGCCAGCCUGACGGCAGACGCUCAGGAGUUCUGGACACGCAUGGACCAGUAUUCGCGCCUGCCCACUGUCUCCCUGCUGGCCACCAAGCGGCUGCUACUACGCCCCGGGCGCGACACACUAUUGGCGCAGCUGCGGCAGGAGGGCACACCACUGGCAGCUCAGCGUCGCCGCAUUGCUGCGUCCUCCAAGCUGUGAUCAAGUUGAAUCUGUUUGUGCCGCACCCUGCCCAUCAAUUUAAGCAAUUGACAAUAACUUUACACCCUACUUUUGUUGUGUUCCUAUUUGUAC